UGCGACCGCCGGCAGUCGCAGAAAGGCGUCCGUUACGGCAACACGUCGCGCCCGCUUCCUCGAAACUGAGACGCGCGUACCAUUGCCGUCUGCAGCUGUCCACACCUCUCGUCCGGUACGAUGACGGUCCAUACCCGUGGACCGACAAUCCCCGCUUUCUACGCUGCAACGGUACAGGGUGACCGCGAUCCGAGACGUUACGCUGAUCUUGUUUACAUCCCGACUGUUUACUAGGCGUAUAAAGUUUUGGCCGUCGACAUUUACUAAAUCGUGCGUGUACCGGCUGAAACAUUGGGAAACUUUUAGUGAAGUUUAAAAAUAAAUUCGCUUCAGUGCUGAGUGACGAUUGAUCGAGAUGUGCUCGUGCAGCAAGUUCUAUGACUUCUGGAAAAACUCUUGUGGCGCAGGCAUGUCCUUAGACGAGGGCAGACAGUCGCAGCGGCCGUACCGCUAUGGCAUGGUGCUGCUGUGCGCAGGCGCGCUGAUCAACUGGCUGGGGCUGGCCGAGGACUACGCGGAGCCCGUGCGCUACGUGGGCGUGGCCUGCAUCGUCGCCGGCGCGCUGCUCAUCUGCGCCGCCAUGUGCUGCUGGCUGCAGUCACCCGCCCGCCAGCCGCAGAACGACCGCGCUUCGCCAGACACCCACCAAAUUGACGAUCCCAUCCACGUGAUAUCGAUGCCGGACGAGGAGACGAUGCAGCAGAAGCCGCCAGACUACGACACGGUGGCGGGCGCGCCCCCCACCUACGACGACGCCAUUAAACUGAACCCGGCGCGCUUGCUGCCCGCCACGAGCAGCGCGCGAGCGGCCCCCAGCUCUGACGUCACCGUCAUACCCGGCCAGCUCGACGAGGCGCAGGCUGUCGCCGCAGUGCACACGCCGGUGCCCAAGACGCCGCCGCCGCCAUACAGACCACCGCAGGCGAUCAGAUGAAACCUCGGCCGGGAACGUGUGUUACUUUAAAUCGACUGCUGUUUCAUGUGAUGUGACGUAGGACUUGUAAAUAGUGGGCGCUAACGAUGGCCCCCUCGGCGCCUAUCGGACGUAUAUUGCUGAAAUGUUGCGGUAUUAUUUUGAUCAUACAUGGAACUUAUUUCAUUAGGAUGUCGAGCGUAGGAACGAUGCGUACUUAUGUGAUAUUAAAAAGUUAAACUUAAUUUACCUGCCCUGUAUAUAUUUAUUAUUUUUUUAUAAAUUAGUCAUAUAGUGAGCUAAUAACAAAAUUUGCCUAAAAACAAAAUUUCUUCCACCAUGGAAUUCCUGAACUCCUUUUAAUUAUUAUUUAUUUGUUAAGAAUACGUAGGCAGCUGCUUCGAUGAUGGCUUAUGAUGAACCGUGUAGCAUUUACAAUCAAUGGAAACAGUGCCAUUAAAAUAACUAAGGUAGCUUCGUAAUCAUAAAAUAUACAUUUGGUAAGUGCAGUAUUACCGUGUUAGCGUUAGCCAGAUGGCUCAGUGUCACUAUUGUGAAGAUAGUGUCUCACUUGCUCAAUUGAAUAAACUUGUGUUCGUAAAUUAUAAAUAGUUCAUAAAUAUCAGAAAUUAUUGACAGACACUUGUGGAAAAUAUCUACUAAAAACUCAGCGAAAAGCGUUUAGAUAUGACUGAAGGAGACAAAAUACCUAAAUGUCUAUACAAAUGACUCAACUUUUUCAGAUGACUCGAGUAAGAUAACUUUCAUAUCGAAAACUAAUCUAUCUACAUUGGCACGAAAUUCUGUAUCUAUAAGGAUAACUUACUUACUGUGUAUAACACACAUGUGAUAAUUUCAUUAAUUUUAUUGAUAAUUACUAUUAAUUAUUAAGUGAUGGCGGGAAUAGACGAACAGCAACAAGAGACGAUGAUUUUUGUUAGUACUUUAUGAGUGCGAUUGCAUUUUACUCGCAUGUUGAUCGCACACUGUCUUAUCAUCUUCAAUAGAGGAAACCACUAUGAAUUUUUCUAGUAAUAACUGCACAUUUUAUGCCUCCUAUGGCAGUCUGCGAUCAACAUUAUACUUUAUCUCUAAAGACCUUUCUAUGUGUAUAUAGGCCUUGAGAUUGUAUUGGUCUUUCCGAGAAAUUCCUAUAGUUUAUAAUCUUUAGUUACAUUAUUGUUAAAAAAAAUCACCAAUCAGUUUGAUUCUAUUCUAGUCUUAUAUUAAUUAAUGACUAUAAUAAAAUAUAAACUUUUUGUUUGAACACCUUUGAAUAAUUUUGUAUUUGUACAAGUUUUCCUUUGCACAAUUUAUAAAGUUGAAGUGAAACAACCCACAAACACGCAAUAGACCAGUGUGGUGGGUAUGAGCAGCAAGCUAUUGAUGCCUUUUUUAUGAGGGAUAAUUAGUGCUCAGUGAUGAGUUGAUGAUGUUAAUUAAUUACUUUGAUAAUUAAAAGUCAUAAAAUUGCAAAAGUGCUAAUUAUAGCACAUAAAUAAACAUAAAACUUAAAUACGGCAUAAUGUUGAGUAGAAAAGUAUUAGCUAUAUGUGUAUAUUACUUCAAUUCACAAUGUUUUCGUUUUUCAAUAAGCGUUUUCCUACCAACAUAUUACACGUACCUACUUAUAAAAACUAUAAAUAAAAUAGAAAGAUACCUGUUUCAUAAACAUUGCUAAUUAUAUUGUUAAUCUAAUUAGAAUUAUCUUAAUGUAAAUGCAACUACGUACCUACUUCUUAUCUAUAGGUAGUUUUCAUCAUAUAAUUUGAAACAUAUCAAUCAUUGUAUAUAAUUGUUUGUACAAGUUUUUUACGAUUGAUCGGUAAAAGUAGUGACGUCACUUUAAGAACAGCACUAUUAAUUCAUCAUACUUACAAUAUCACGUAAAUUAACCAAAGUUUUGGAUUUGUAUUAAUUAGAGUGCAUCAUCACUUACCAUCAGGUGAGAUUGUAGUCAAGGGCCAACUGGUAAAUAAUGAAAAAAGAAACCGAUCCACCAAUCAUUCGCUUUUCACUGUCAUGUUACUGCAGUUGGUUAGAAGUAAAACUCACGGGAAAUUCUUGCUUACUCGUCCUACCUUUGUGAACGUCGAAACAAGCUUUUUGCACCGUUAGGUACCUACUCUUAGCUGCUUUUGGUAAAACCAUUUACGUAGACAACAGCUAACUGAUGGUGUUAACGUACGGAAGACUAUUAUAUAAAUAAUAAUACUUGUAUAUCCACUGGGAAAAUAUAGUAUUAUAAUAGAAUAAGUCGUACGAAUUUAUAGUAGUGUCGUUAACCGUUCAAUACCAAAUUACUUAAUAAACUAGGUAUAUAACGGUACGUUUUCACCAUAGAACUUCGUAUCUUCAUCGCUUAAUUUAACUGUAAAAUACAACCAAUGACUAGAUUAAACAAAAUGUUUGUGUUCAUCUGGCCUAACAUGUAACUUUGUUAUUUAAAAUACAUGUAGGUACAGUAAGCACCGAGCGUCAACAAUUUACCUAACCUAUGAAUCGUUAAAUUGAUCUGAGCUUGCAAUAAAUUGGGACCAAUAACUAAUAUUAUUAUUGUAACUUCGAUGUAACGUCAUCAAUCUCUUAAGUUGCCAGUUUAUGUUAAGAUUUACAAUGCUGAAGUUGUGCAUUUAUUAUUUGUACAUUUUACAAAGAUACAAAAUUUGAGUGUACAUACAAAAUAAAUGUUGUUGCGAAAGUAA